GCCUCGCUCGCAACGCCCUCGUACAAUUUUUGCACACACGACGUCUCAGCGAGAGAGCGCCGUUCGGUCCACUAUGCUUACAUCAUAGUUUCUGUACCGGAUCAUUACGGCUUGCUCAGCUUUUUUCUAUGGCUUGCUUCUAUCUCCCGGUUGUUGUUUAGACUGUGGUGCAUUGUCCAUGCGCUUUGUGGUGUGUCGACUGCUCGUACAGGCACCGCGGACCACCGGGAGCACGACGAAAUGGCGAACCCGACUCAGCCGUUCACUCCAGCGAUUGCCUGCACGCCUGUAACCAAAGUUGAGAUCAGCGUGUCCUGUAGGUGGGUGCGGCUAUGAUAUGACAUCUCAAGCAGAAGGAUCUCCUCUCAAAGUCCGACCCUAUGUGUGUUUUGUUCAUGCGGACCUGUGACACUGACCAGUGGUUGGAGGUUGGGCGCACGGAAACGGUACGCGACACACUCGACCCAAACUUUGUGACCAAGUUUCUAGUGGACUACUACUUUGAAGAACGCCAGCAGCUCAUGUUCAAAAUGUACGACGUUGACAGCAAGAGCAUGAAUCUCCAGAAUCAUGAUUUCCUUGGUCAGGUCGCUUCCACGUUGGGUGAACUGGUUGCCUACCAGGGAAGACAGGUCAAGCUACAGCUGACGGGACUUUCUGGUGACUGUGGCACCAUCUUAUUAACUGUUGAAGAGGUACUUGACUGCAAGCGGGUGAUUGACAUGCAGUGGCAGGGAAAGAAGUUAGACAGCAAGGACUGGUUCGGAAAGUCUGACCCUUUCCUGGAGUUCUGCCGCAUCAGCGAGGACAACAGCUACACGACUGUGUUCCGCACUGAGGUGGUCAAAAGGAACCUGAAUCCAACAUGGCGACCCUUUACCAUCCAGAUGCGUCAGCUGAGUGGCGGUGAUGAUGACCGGACUCUUCGGGUGGCCUGCUACGACUGGGAUCUCGAUGGAGGCAUGUCUUCCAGCCAUGAUCUCAUCGGGGAGUUCCACACCAACGUGCGCACCCUUUCCCAGGGACCAGGCCCAGCAAAUGAGUACAAGCUGAUUAACAAGAAGAAGCAGGCCAAGAAAAAGAGCUACAAAAACUCUGGUGUGGUGAAGCUCAUUUCAUUCACAGUCAGGGAGCAGGCCACUUUCCUUGAUUACAUCCAGGGUGGGCUGCAGAUGCACUUUACGGUAGCCGUGGAUUUCACGGCAUCCAACGGGGACCCUCGAGACCCCGCGUCCUUGCACUUCCUGGAUCCAGUGCGACCCAAUGCAUACGCGAUGGCCAUUCGGGCAGUGGGAGAGGUGAUCCAGGACUAUGACUCGGACAAGAUGUUUCCUGCUCUGGGCUUUGGAGCACGCUUGCCACCUGAUGGGCGUGUGUCGCAUGAGUUCUUCCUCAAUGGCAGCCCCACAGACCCGUACUGUGCAGGCAUACAGGGUGUUCUGGAAGCCUACCAAAGAACCCUCCAGUCCGUUCAGCUGUACGGUCCCACCAAUUUUUCGUCUGUCAUUCACCAUGUGGCAAAGUUUGCGAGCACAUACCGUGAUGGUAGGAGCUACUUUGUGCUGCUCAUCAUCACAGAUGGCGUCAUCAGCGAUAUGCCACAGACAAUGGAGGCCAUCGUGCAGGCCUCCACCUUGCCUAUGUCCAUCAUCAUCGUAGGUGUCGGCAAUGCCGACUUCUCAGCCAUGGAAGUCUUGGAUGGGGAUGUGAUACAGCUGAAUUUGGGUGGCCAGCGUGCUGAGCGGGACAUUGUCCAGUUUGUGCCCUUCCGAAAGUUCCUCCAGAGUGGGGCCUCCUGGCAGAGCAACCAGGCCCAGCUUGCUAAGGAAGUGCUGGCUGAGAUUCCCGGACAGGUCACAGCCUAUAUGUCCAAGUGCAACAUCAAGCCUGGUCCAAUUCCGGUGCCUCAGGGCCCGUCUUGAGUUUGUCUGCAUACAUGUCUCUGGGUUCAUGUUGCAUUGUUCAUAGUGGCUGUGUAAUAUCACACUGCCAGCCCCCAUUUGUGCACAUGCCAAAUUCAUGAGUGCAUCGUACAGGUGACUGCUGGCACUUCGUACAACCAUUAUACUGGCCCUUGUUGUAGGGUGCUGAAGUAUGGCUUAUCACCCUGGCGUUGCUGCCUCUUGACUAGGAGAAUUUCGAAAACUAUACUUUUUCAGUCUGACUGCUUGUGCUGUCGUGACGUUACGCCGCUUUAUUUUGGGGAAUACAAGUAGUUUGUAUUCAAUAGAUUCAAUUUUAUGCUCUUAAACUUGACUUUUUUAAUGCUCCCCUUCAAGCUGUGCUAUUAUUUUUUUUAGCUUAAGUAUUGUGCAAAGUUGCAGUGCACAACACACCUUUGAUGUACCGUUAAGUCUUGAUAUAAUGAACUUCAAUAUAAUGAAACUCUCGAUACAAUGGAGUAUUUGACUUUUCAUAACUUUUGUCCAUAGAACAUCAUGUAUUUAGAAACUCAGUAUAACGAAUUGUGUUUGUAUGCGAUUUCAAUUUAACGAAAUUUCACUGCCACUGCAAAGGAAUGCCGAGACAAUACAUGGAAACUUUCGCGGACACAGAGGGUCAAAUAAUCGAAUUGCAAACAACUACUUGCAAGUGCAGCUCUCAAACCACGUAGGGGGGACAAGAGUGACCGCUGAAGUGGAGCCGCAUCAUGUUCCGUAUAAAGUCCAAGUGCAAUAAGAUCCUAUCGAGCCUCGCGCACUGUAUGCGUUAGGUGCGAGUGAAAGUGUGUGAGAGAGACAAGAAAAAUGGUGGCUUCACGAGUGUGGCAUUCCCGUGCGAGCAAAGGGAAAGAAAGGGAGGGGAGCUAGCUCGCGGUAAUGCAAUCAAGCGCGCGCGAGGGGGUAAGUUGGCGCCAGUCUCGAUUUCUGGUACAUCGCAGCCGCAGCUCACUCAUCAUGGCCGUGAAGCUUGGCUGAGCGCGUACGCAGCCAUGUGUCCUGCUUUAGAGGUAAUCUGCGGCCUGUGCAAAGAGUGGGUGUGCCGAGAGGGCAUAGCACUUUGUAAGCUGCUUUCCUGCGUGUUUAGUAUUGGAGGUUGUGUAAUCUAGAGUUUCGAUGACCUGUUGAAGCAAAAGGUAGACGAAGCAUUCACGCCCUGCUGCCCGCGCUUUUCCUGAUAGUGUCGUCCCAAUGCGGGUGACGUUAUUAGUCGUAGGGGCGGAGUGCAUGCGAAGACGUGGCUGGCUCCACUUAAUUCGUACCGCUGAUGUGAAGAUAACGUCGACGUACAUGGCAUGAAACCUUAAUAUUCGUCACCAACUCCUAAAUUUUGUAAAAUAAGUUGUUUUCUCAUUCAAAUUUGCUUUUUUUGAUUGCCUGAUAAUUAGGAAAAUAUUGCAGUUUCUUUUCAUGCAAGAAACAUCAAUCGACGAGUGUAAGUAUUUGCAUAAAAGGUUGAUUUCAAUAUAAUGAAAUUUCGAUAUAACAAACCAAAUUGCCGAUUUUACAGACUUCGUUAUACUGAGGUUUAACUGUAGUUCAGAAAACAUGGGUUGUGUUCCUUGUGGCAGCAUUAAGUUCCUGCUGUGCAUCUACAAAGUAUGUGAUUUACUCUUUCAAAGUUAAGCCAACUUCAAUUGAAGUCGUCAUGUGAGAAAAUAAUAGAAAAAGAACAAGAAAAUGGCAUUCUUAAAGGCUUGUUGGUUUGGGUGUGUUGGUAUUUCAUUGUAGCAGGUCAGCAUACCACAUUACUGCCAUGGUGGUACUGUGCACUUCAUCCGUGGUGCUCCACCUGUCUGUUUCACUGCCCCCAUAUUCCUGUGAGCUGGUCUGCUGCAGUAGCGUUUGUGAUUGCAAGUUGACUUACAAAAGCAGAAAAAGCAUGAGUCCUUGGCAUCAGAAAUUGCUUAUCUAUUGAAGCAGUUGUGCUACCUAACUCACUUGCCUCAUACAACCACUUGCCUUUCUUGUUGCAAAUCUUUGUCAGUUGCCAGCUCCUAACAGUCUUCUUUGCCCUGGGAAUUGUGAUAAGUGACAAGCAUGCAGGAGCACUUAUUUCUGCACUUCGUCUUCUGGCUUACAGUGGCUGCGGUAACAGCUCACAUUAGUGAUUGCAACCUUUGAAUUCACCAGCCGGGAAUGCCAGGAAUGUGGAACAAGGCUGAAAGCUUCUGAAGCAGAAAGACAUAGAAGUGAGCUGCGCUACUGAGCUACAAGAAUGAACGACAAAAAAUUCCUGUAGGAAAUCACACCAAGCAUGAGAGAGGAUAAAGGAUUUCUGAGUUAUGACUUCGUACACUUGUAGGUAGUCAAAAGAAGUGGGACAUACUGGUUGAACCGCUGAUAUGUUGAACAGCUGCAAAAAUUCAUGUGACCAUGCUGUGGCUCACAGUGUGAUGGUCCAAAUUGAAAGACUCAUGUUGAUUAGCUAUCCCAAACCUUUGAUUAUGUCUUUAGCUAAAAAAAAAAACUGAUCAACACAAUCAACAAAAAACAGAAGACUGAUGUGGUUCAGUUAUACAUUACAGGCACAAUAUUUCACAAGGGCUAAAGAAGAUAUCUUGUAAACACGGCAGUUGUAUGGUUUUUCAUGGCACCGUUCAAGCCGCUUGUGCCUUUGUCACAAAAUCGCCAAUGGUAACCAAAAAACGUUAUCACAAUAUAUGCAAUGCAACAGACUGAAAAAAAAAAAAAAAUGGUUCGCUGAAGCUGUUCGGAAACUGUUCUCACGGUGGUCCCACGGGUUCCAUGAUGUUGUAUCAUGUGUUAAUGCGUCCAUUAGUUGCCUCGGCUUCCUCCAUUGCCUUUGUGUUUAUAAUUUAUGUGUGCGAUGCUGGUGCAGCUACGCAAAGCUAUGUUUUUGGUGCAUAUCAUAGACAGUGACUGGGAGGACAACAUGAAGCUUUUGCCGCAGCUUUAAAGGACAUGUAAGUGCUUUCUGAGCUCAUUACACCUUGCCUAACAGUGCGAGCAGCGUAUACGGUGCUAUUUCACUUCUGAAUUUGAUCAGGAUUAUAGUAGUUUCUUUUGCUAUUUGUUUUUUAUUUGGCAAUCACUUUGAAGCAGUGGCUUGUCUUGUUUCUGAUUCGGUAACAUUCCUUGGUGUGAGCGCUGUCUGAUUGUUUUGAUUGUUUAUUUUCUGCCUAAACGCUCGUGGGUGUGAUCAGUUGUGGUAGAUUUUGUUCUUGCCGCGCACAAUUAAGGCUUUCAGCGUAGAUAUUCAGUACUUUGUAAUAGCUUGUAGCAAAAAUGCAGUAUCGCUAGUCACUCUCGUACUCUCUGGACCGUCGCGAAAUUUUCAGCUUUGAGCAUUCAUGUGAUGGUGUUGUCACCCACGCUUCAGCAUGUUGAUUUCAUUAACUUACUGUCAAUACAUGGGUGAUAGAGUGGGUGUAAGAUUUAGUGUGCUAGAGUGAAUGUGUGGAGAGAACGUGCAAGUAACUUGCUAUGCCAGGAAACAGCGCUACUCCUUUGUCAUUGUGAAAUGAGUGAUACUCACCCUUGCCGAUGUUACUGGGUUGAAGUACUUUAUUUGUAGGUUAGCGGUACAACUUUGGUGGAUGAGCGAACUUUUUUUCGUCCUCAAGGAAAGCUGUGAAUUGUGAAGGGCCGGCAACACAGGCACAAUUUGUGUAGCAGUAGUCCGUGAACUUAGCCACACAGAUUCUUUCCAUUCUUCCAUUCACUAUUCUUGCAGCCAACUAUUGCACAGGUCUACCCUCUUCUGCGCCACAUUUUUCAAGCGUGAAUGGAGCACAGUGCUUUAGCAAUCACCCAGUUGCAUUUCCGACAGCUGGUCGCGCAGAAGCAGGGUAGAAAUGGUAACGAUUUCACAUUCGCACAUUAUUGUAUGCUUUCACCUGAGGCAACGCACAGUGCAUUGCUAGUAGCGCCAUCUCGUUCCUCUGGAGCAAACUGCUCCACAAAAAUGGUCUGUAGCAUCCCACUUUGUUGUGGGAAAUCUUAUAUAUAGGGCAAACCGGAAGAUGCAUCAACACUCCUCUGCAUGAGCACAAUCACAAUUGCAAGCUGAUUAGCCACCUUGAGAAUUUAGCUUAACAUUUUAGCUGUUAUGCAUGUCAUUCGAAGUUAGUGAGCAACAGCAUCGUUGGACACCUAAAGAAUAUGAGGGAAAGAGAAAUCACUGAGGCUAUCACCAUGCAGCAGAUUGGUGCUAAUUUGUGCAUCGAUGUGCCAUUCAUUUCGCACUCUGACAAUGUGGUAACAUUUAUUCUUGGGGAUAAAGAUGAUAAGAGACUUCAUUCACUGUAGGCGAUUCUAAUGGAUCCUUUCUUAUCCUUGACAGCUUGCUUUUUAAGUCUGUUUACUUUGUGCUGUACCACUCGUCUUAUUCUGACAUGGUUGUAUUAGCGCAGAUAUAAGCUACUGAUUCUAUAGAACAAAGAGUUGCCAGUUUGUGCUUGUCCAGGUGCUGUGUCUGCCCCUUUUAGUUUGUUCUUGUAGCUUAGUAGUGCACGUCACUUCAACAUGUACAACUGGCCUCAAUCUUAGCCCUUGAAGCAGAAAUAAAUUUGUUUCUUUUAAAAGUUUCACAACAUAAUUAUAGGAGGAAUUUUUGGUUUGAGACAGCCUACUUCAGUGUGACUGCUGGCUGAGAAAAACAGAUGGCCACUGCUGGAACUUUGAAUCUUGCAACAAAUACGGGUGGUGUACAGGAUGCGUGACAGGCCGCACAAAAGGAUCCAGGAUAGGGCACACUUUUUCUUUGCAACAUGGCAGGCUUGUCUCGUGAAACAGCUAUGCAAGCCAGUUUCAGAAUGAAAGAAGUGCUUAGCGAUGACUUGCCUAUCUUAAAGCACAUAUUCAAAGCAGAAUGUCUUGAGCCAGUUGCUUAUGGCAGACAGCACAAAUGUAUUUCUCGGCACACGUCUGCUAUAACCCAAACAAGUUGGUUUGGGGCUGUGCGCACCAAGGUCUUCUGAGUUAUUACAUAACCUUGUUUGAUCAGAUCCGAUCAGAUCAGAAUCAUUUUAUUGAGCAUAGGAUAAGCUACAUGUACAUGGCAUAUACAGAAGGAGGUCCAAUAGUCAAAGACUGAAGGGGAGACCUCCUAUAACACAUACUUUAAUUAUUUAUUUAAUGCAGCAUCUAUGGUAAAAAUAACACUUUUAUGGAACACAUUUUUGUCACAGUUGAUUACCAGCACCAUAAUGGACAAAUUUAUUAAGUUGCAUGAUAGUGCUUUUCUGUCAAUAUCACUGUUCAGAAUAAAUAACCGUUCAUCCUAAUAUGUGUAUAGGCAACAAAAGGUGGUGAAUUUUGGCAUGUUUGCAAAGUGGCGGAGUAGUCCUUUCAGCCUCGGAACACUUGCAUGACAGCAGUCAUGGAGGGCUAACUGUAUGGCUGGGCAGCUGUGUGAAUUGGAUUGCUACCCUGAAGGCACAUGGCGAUUCUUUUCAGGAAAGGUUGUCUGCAUGGAAAGCCUUGGUGUCUUUUGCGAAGUUAGUAUUUUCUUACGGAUAGUACACACAUGUAAAAAAUAUAGUAGAUCUCUUGCAGCAGCUGUCAUCUAGUGUAUGUAAGAAGGGUGCAAGGGUGGAGUAGCAGUAUGUCAAGAAGUAAAUCUAAGCCACAUAAAAAAAGCAUAUGAGGAAGUCUCAAAUGUUGGAAGCAGUGUUAAGCAUACUAGCAGGUUGAAAAAUGCCAUAUGUGCUGAUAAUGUUCCACUUAUGUUUAUGGUGAUUGUGCCACAUGAUAUUUUGUUGGGGGGGGGAAUCAGAACCUUGUUGCAACUGUACAAAAGAUGAUAAAUUUUAUGUUUUUUGUUUCGGA